UCAUCAGUAGUUUGGGAGGGUUUACAGUGGUCGGAGACACGUUAUUGGCCUGGUUUUUAGUGACGUUACGGGCAAACAACCACGUGGGUACGGGAUCUCCCGCCACACGGUCAACACCGGCGUCCCGGCAGAUGAGUUGCCGCCGUUCGGAGCGCGUCCGACGCCGCAGCCGUCGCUUUCAAACAGUUUCUUGAUCGUCUUGGUGGUCGUCGUCACCGUUGUAUAACUCGAGUAACGUUUGUAUACUUUCAUUCUUUCAUAAAGUAUCGUAGGAUGUGGUGGUAGGAUAAGAAAAACGCGGAGUGUUGUUCUCUAUUUGGAUGUAAAGGUGGCCCCCAGGUGGUGGUGGUGGUGGCCCCCGUGACAGUGUGUAUUGUUCCGUUUUAGAGAAGUGUGGCAACGAUGUAUCCCACCCCUACGAGGCACCCAUCAACAGCCGUGAGUCCAUCACAUCCUUCUUCGAGACUCUUUAAGGCGGCUCAGGGUCCACCGCAGGGCGGGGGGCAGAUCAAGUUUACGAUUGCCGACACCUUGGAGCGGAUUAAGGAGGAGUUUAAUUUUCUUCAAGCGCAAUAUCAUACGUUAAAACUCGAAUGUGAGAAAUUAGCUAGCGAAAAGACUGAAAUGCAACGACACUACGUCAUGUAUUAUGAAAUGUCCUAUGGCCUUAACGUAGAAAUGCACAAACAGACUGAAAUAGCAAAACGUCUAAGUGGGAUAAUAGCACAAGUAUUGCCUUUCCUUGCGCAAGAGCAUCAACAACAGGUCGCAACGGCAGUCGAAAGGGCUAAACAGGUCACAAUGACGGAACUCAACCAAAUAAUCGGGCAACAACAACAGCAAGGUCUACAGCAAUUACUACAACAGAUACACGCGCAACAGCUACCUCAUGGACCUCACGCGGGUGUUCCAAUGGGACCCCAUCCUGGACUUCCGGGUUUGGGUCCCACGGGACUUUUGGGUUUCGGUGCCGGUCUUCCCGGAGCACCAGGCGGACCUCAUGCUGCAGUAGCUGGUGCUGCCCAUGCCUUGUUAAAACCCGCGGACUUACAUAGUAGAGAAAGUGCCGAAAUGAAAUCCGGUCCUGGAUCUGCUAAUGCCGAGGAAAGACUGAACCCCAUAUCCCCAGUGCCUGAAAAAUAUAGGACGAGAUCGCCCGCUGAUGUGGACCAAGAUGUUAAACGACGAAAAGAAGAUAAAUUGGGUCACGAAAGCGAUGGCGAAAAAAGCGACCAGGAUUUAGUUGUGGAUGUCGCGAAUGAGGAAGCGCAGUCUCCUCAUCCGAACGGUGAACACCCUUCUUUAGGGGGUGAUAUUAGAGAAAACGGAAGUACAAACGGUGAUAAAAUCAAGAUUGAACGGCCACCGAGUAGAAGUGGGUCGUCGUCUUCGAGGAGUACCCCUUCACUGAAAAGUAAAGAUGAGAAACCUUUAACCCCCGGAUCGAAACCGCGAUCGACGACGCCUAAUUUAGGUUCAGGCCCGGGACCCAGCGGACCUAAAGUGAAUAUGGGCGGAUAUCCAUCGUAUGGAAUGGGCCCAAGGCAAGAACAUUUAAACCCUUACAAUAACAUGGGUGCGUCACCUUACGGACGACCUCCACCUAUGGUUGGUUACGAUGGUCACCCCCAUAGUAGAACACCUGGAUUAACGAAUGGAUUAGGUUCAAUACCAGGUGGAAAAGCAGCUUAUAGUUUUCAUAUGAACGGCGAGGGUCAACUUCAACCAGUACCAUUUCCUACAGACGCCUUAAUGGGACCUGGAAUACCAAGACACGCGCGCCAAAUAAACACUUUAAAUCACGGCGAGGUCGUUUGCGCCGUAACGAUAUCUAAUCCAACGAAAUAUGUUUAUACGGGAGGAAAAGGUUGUGUUAAAGUUUGGGAUAUUAGCCAACCUAAUUCUAAAACACCAGUAUCGCAAUUAGAUUGUUUACAAAGAGACAAUUACAUCCGUUCAGUAAAACUUCUUCCAGAUGGAAGAACAUUAAUAGUGGGUGGUGAAGCAUCAAAUCUUUCAAUAUGGGACCUAGCCUCACCAACACCUCGAAUAAAAGCCGAAUUAACCUCAAGCGCACCAGCUUGUUACGCACUGGCGAUCAGUCCAGAUUCAAAAGUUUGUUUCAGUUGUUGUUCCGACGGAAAUAUAGCCGUUUGGGAUCUUCACAAUCAAACGUUGGUGCGACAAUUCCAAGGUCACACCGAUGGCGCUUCAUGUAUUGAUAUAUCCAGCGAUGGUACAAAGUUGUGGACUGGUGGUUUAGAUAAUACGGUGCGAAGUUGGGAUCUUCGCGAAGGGAAGCAAUUGCAACAACACGAUUUUAGUUCGCAAAUUUUCUCGUUGGGGUAUUGUCCGACUGGGGAAUGGUUAGCAGUUGGGAUGGAAAAUUCUCACGUGGAAGUUUUACACGCUUCAAAACCGGAUAAAUAUCAAUUACACCUGCAUGAAAGUUGUGUGUUAAGUUUGAGAUUUGCUACGUGUGGGAAAUGGUUUGUUUCAACAGGGAAAGAUAAUUUAUUAAAUGCUUGGAGAACGCCUUAUGGUGCUAGUAUUUUUCAAUCCAAAGAAUCAUCUAGCGUUUUAAGCUGCGACAUUUCAACGGAUGAUAAAUACAUAGUGACGGGGUCGGGUGACAAAAAAGCGACGGUUUACGAAGUGAUUUAUUAAAUUUAAAAAAUGUGGACGAAAAAAUAAAACUUUCUUAAAUAGAGUGUUUAUUUUUAUUUGGUUUUCUUUUUUGAGGGUGGUUUAAGUAGUAUCAAAAAAUGUGACGCUUAAAUUAAAAUAAUUAAGUGUAGAAAGGAAUUGAUACAUAAAAUUUAAAAUUAUUUGAACCCUCUCAAAAAAUAAAAAAAGAAAAAGUGGUAAAGUAUUAUCAGUAUAAAUAAGGAUGGACUUGAGGCGGUAUAAAAAGUGGAUAUGGUGUAAUAAAAAAAAUAGUGCACUAAAACCAUACUAAAACUGCCGUUUUGUUGACAUAUGUGUGGACUUAGGUGUUUAAAAAAAAUAAUAAAAAAAAAACGAUGACGUGAUCACAUCUAGCUUUUUAUUACGUUCUCAAUGUUAUCGAAAUGAAGGAGAAAGUAGGUUAUUUUUCGUAAAUAAAAUAUUAUAAAAGGUG